AUGAGUCAAAAAUUUUUUCUGACUUCAUCAAUGAGUUUACCAGAAACAUGCAUAUGCCCAAUUACCGGAAAUGUACAUAAAAUAGUAUACAAAAAUCAAAACAAGCAAGAAUUUAUCAAUUACAUUAACAAUGAAAUCGAGGAAUUAAAAAAUAAUAAACAAAUGUAUAAAACUUUCGCAGUUCACACUGAUAGAUCAUUAAAGCAAUUCGGUUUUAAUGAUCUUGCUGUCAUUGAGAUUGCUCAAUGCUUUAGAGAUUUUCCAAAUCUGCGUAAAUUCAAAAUUGAUCCAAAACAAGAACAAUAUACGAACCUUGAAGACGGAUUUAUUAUAAUUCAACCUGAUGGUGAUAUUAAGAAAGUACUCGGCAGCCUAUUUUAUGCUCCAAGAGCGAAUUUUAUUUUCUUUGAUCUCAUUCAUGAAGCUACUGUAUUAAGAUCAAACAAGAUCAAAGUAAAUAUAGGAUGUAAUAUUGAUGGUAAAUACUAUUCCCCAAUGAUUGAUACAUCAAUAAGAAGAAAUCGAGAACAUUUCAAGACUCUUGAAGAUGCCGCAAGUAACUUCCCCUUUACAUGCCUCGAGAACAUUAAUGCAAUCAAAGAUGCUUCAAAUUACGACAUUCCAAAAAUAAUUUUCGAAUGUCAAAAUUUGAGCGACGAUGAAAUCAUUAAUAAAUACGCAGAACUCCUUCCAUACUACUCCUCUCGUGCUGCUCUUGUUGCUCUCUCUGUUCUCAAGACUAUUUCGGAUGAAGGAAUGCUUAAAAAUAUCGGUUAUCUGAUAAUACAAAAAGUUAAAAAAUUCAAUCAAACAAGUCUACUUUGGAACAAGAUUAAUUUUAAUUGUCAUCUCCUUACAAACAUGGAAAACCAUAUUCAAGCAAGCUGGCUCUAUGUCAAUAACUUGAUCGUUCACAAAAAUGAAAUUCAAAAAAUUAAACCAAAUUUCAAGUAUUUGCCAAAACUCAAUGAAUAUCUGGAUUAUUGUCUUCAAAAACUUGGUGUCAAGAAAGAUGAAGAAUUACCCGAACCAGAAACAAAAACAACUUACACACAAACAACUCCAUUCUCCAAAAAAUUGAUUGAUUUAAAGAUUACAGGAAAUCUUUAUGAUUUGUUGAAGACACAACGCAGUGUUAUGAAUUUAAAGGACACACCAGCCGAUUUGCAUUACGACGCUGUUAUUCAGUAUUUCAAUAAUCCACUUUUGAUGAUAUCAAUUGAAGCAACAUCACAAAUUUCGGAUAAAACAACCCGUGAUGAACAAUUUGAGAAAAUAUUUGAAGUUUUAUUCAAUCAAGAUGAUGAUGAUAAUAAAGAAGAAUAA